AUGACAUGGGAGCACAAGGAGAAGCUAUCCGCAAAAAUAGCAUACUGCUCUGCUGAGUUGUUCUUUAGAAAGGUUUCUGGGACUGGAAAUCACUUCUUUGCAAAGCAAUUACAGUUCAAUCAGAUUGACUGCGCGAAGACAAGAAGAGACUCUAAUGAUGAGGAUGAUAUCAAAGAAGCAGAGAAGAUGAUAUUGCUAGUUGUUAAACAUUUAUUCAAGACUUCGAGUUUGAUAUUUGCAGAUGACGAAGCAGAGUGGCACCAAAGAUGCACAGAUGCCAAGGUUCCGACAGUCAGCAGAAAGCAGGCUUAUCCUGAUAUUGCUAUUCAAAACUGCGAUCUCCACAAUCUUGCUCGAAAAUGGAUUAAUCAAUGGUCAGAUGAGCUGGAGAAAGGUAAAGGACCGGGCAAAGUUUGGCUGCCCGGUUUCUUCAGUGAUACGAAACUCGAUGCAAGAUCCGAAAUAUAUUCUUCUAAAUCGCCUCUUAUUGAAUCUGCAGGGGUAACGAUGUCGAAGAGGUGCGAACGGCUUUUCGGCAAAUAUUCCGAUGAUCUCUCUUCAUCACGGCCGGAGACCAAGGUCAGAAUUGGAUGGGCCUCGGUUUGCAACCGCGGCACUGUUGCACUUCACUCCGGGGGAUCGGCAUGUAACUGA